UGAUCUUUGUUCUGGAGAGAUUCGGGUAUUUUUUCCGGCUAAUGUCUAGCGGCGGCGCCACCGCCACCGCCUCGUUGCCGGCCAGUCCUCGGCCUCAUCGUCGUCGUGUUGGAGAUACGACCGAUACGGAGAAGGGUUUGUUGGAUGCGUAUAAGGAUGGUGAAGAUGAUUCCGGCGGACAACGUCCGACGAAGGAGUUUUUUGUAAAGAUUCAAUCGAUUUGGAGUUGUUUAUUGUCGAGGAGGAAUCUGGGUCGGACUGUUUUUGUAGGUUUGAUUAUGAUGAUGGCUUUUUCUGUUUUUGUUAAAUGUACGUUAAUGGCGGGUGGUGGAGGUGGGAGUUUGGAGAUUGUUGGAGAAAGGAGGGAGAAUUCACGUUAUAUUUUGCAAACUAGAAGUGAACAUUUUAUUAUAUCUCAAAGGGUUGAAUCUGAUGUUGAUGAUUCUGCCGGUGCUAUCAUGCCGGAGAAACUUCCGGUUAGUAGUUUCCAUAUUCAUUUGAUGUUCUUGAUUCUUUUAAGGUUAUUUGAUGUUUUUAAGACAGAGGAGAUAUGGAUGAAACCAAAUAGUGAUGGAUAUUAUCAAUGUAUUAGUCGGCCAAAGAAUAAAAUCAGAACACGCCCUCGAUCAAACGGUUAUCUUUUGGUACAUGCCAACGGGGGAUUGAAUCAGAUGAGAACCGGAAUAUGUGAUAUGGUUGCUAUUGCAAGCAUCAUGAAUGCUACAUUGGUUCUUCCUUCUCUUGACCAUGAGUCCUUUUGGACUGAUCCAAGUGGGUUCAAAGACAUAUUUGAUUGGAAACACUUUAUCGAUGUUUUAAAAGAUGAUGUUGAGAUAGUUGAAGCUCUUCCGGCAAGUCAUGCAGCUAUUAAGCCCCUCCACAAGGCCCCGGUUUCGUGGUCCAAGGCUAGCUACUAUAGAGUAGAAAUGCGUAAGUUGUUAAAGCAUCACAAGGUUCUCAAGUUUACUCAUACUGAUUCUCGGAUCGUCAAUAAUGGGCUUGCACCCUCCAUACAAAGGCUUAGGUGUCGGGCCAAUUAUGAAGCCCUUAGGUAUACUGACGAGAUCGAGACACUUGGAAAGAAACUCGUCAAUAGGCUUAGGAAAGGCGAUGAACCCUACAUCGCCCUCCACUUAAGGUACGAGAAAGACAUGCUUGCAUUUACGGGUUGCAGCCACAAUUUGACAGUUGAGGAAGCUGAGGAACUUCGUGUUAUGAGAUACAGAGUACACCAUUGGAAGGAGAAGGAAAUAAAUAGCGAAGAGAGGCGGUUACAAGGGGGAUGUCCUUCAUCCCCUCGAGAGUCAGCCUUAUUCCUGAAAGCCAUGGGGUACCCUUCAUCAACCACAAUAUAUAUAGUGGCAGGUGAGAUUUUUGGAGGAGGAAGCAUGUCAGCUUUUCGAUCAGAAUUCCCAAACGUCUUCUCCCAUCACACCCUAGCCACCGAAGAAGAGUUGAAGCCUUUCAAGCGAUAUCAGAAUCGGCUAGCAGCUUUGGACUACAUUAUGGCAAUGGAAAGUGACGUGUUUGUGUAUACGUAUGAUGGGAACAUGGCGAAAGCAGUGCAAGGGCAUCGGAGAUUUGAAGGGUUUAAGAAAACCAUAAACCCGGACAGACAAACUAUUGUUAGACUGAUCGAUCAGUUGGACAAGGGGGAGACAUCAUGGGACGAUUUUUCAUCUGAAAUCAAGAGACUACAUGACGAUAGGCUGGGAGCUCCUUACCUGAGAAAACCGGGCGAGGCCCCAAGAAUAGAGGAGAAUUUCUAUGCAAAUCCAUUCCCUGGUUGUGUUUGUAAUAAGCAAACCAACAACAUAACUAGGCACAAAAAUCAUCUAACGGCCUCUCAAUGA